GUCAGUUGUCACGCUGCCAUUGUGUGCGUACUGGCGGUGCCGGGCGUCCUGCCCUUGGUCUUCCACUCCUUCUGCAGCUCCUUGGGUGUGGCCUUCUUGACCUCCACCCACUUGUUCUUGAACUUGUGGUACGUGUUGUGCGCAACCACCGCAUCCGCACCCUCAGGACUCGCAAAGGUAAUGAAACCGAACCUGACCGACCAGAGCAAAGCAGACAGACAUACAGGGGGUGGAUGGAGCGCUCCGUGUCCGUUCGGGUGUCAUUCGCUCACCCCCUCGGCUUUUGUGUGUCCCUGUCCUUCAUGAGCACGGCAUCGACCACCUUGCCAAAGUUCUCAAAGUAAGAGCGGAACUCAUCUGUGACACAACGCACACACACACGCACACACACACACACAGAGGACACACUGAGGCGUGCGUCAGACUCCGCGCAUCGGGGUGUGUGUGUGUGUGUGUGUGAGGGUGCGUACCUUCUGUGAGGUCCGGCAGCCCGCCCACGAAUAUCUUUUCAGUCCUGAACGAUUGAGGGACGUCAACCUGAACGGACGGACACACGACAGAAACGACACGUGGGAUAUGCCGGAGGUCAGUCUGUCAUCCUGUGUGCCUCCCUGACGUUGUGCGAAGGCUUCGACGUCGACACGGAGGUCGUCCCCGGCAGCGCAUUGCGGGGGGCUGCACGCUUCACGUCAACCUGUACCCAGACACACACACACACGCGGCCGGUGCCUCUCUGCGUGUGCGUGAGUGUGUGUGUGUGUGUGUGACUGUGUACCUCCUUGCUGUCGAGCUGGUGUUUCCUUUCCCGAAGACACCGCUCCAUGCUCGGCUCGUCUGCGUAGGUCACGAAGCCGAAACCACGGCUGCGACCUGCACACGCACACGUACAAUGUGUGUUGUGCGUAUUUGUGUGGACGGGCGUUAACUGAGAGUGUGUGUCUGUGUCACCUGUCGAGCUGUCGUACAUCACGAUGGCAUCGGCCAGAGGGCCGAACCGACUGAAGUACUCGUGAAGCGUCUCUGAGGCAACACACACACACACACACACACAGUACACAGUACACAGUUCGCACGCCCAGCCAGCACUUCACAAGCAAGCUCCUCUGAUCUUUGUCUUUGCUCAACCGUGACAAGCUCAUCGACACGAGCGCUCCCCCGCCCCCCGUGUGCGAGUGUCCCCUCCUUUGUCCCUCACCCUUGGUCGUCUCCUGGGACAGCCCUCCGAUGAACAGCUUGAGACCGUCGUACACGCCGCCGCCAUCAAACGACAUUCCAACGCAGCGCACACAAGGACACCGUCUCUCGGGAGGCGACGCAACGCCUUACGGGCACCCUUGAGGCAGAAAUGGACGGGCGGCGACGACCCAGAGAUAUGCGCGUCUGAGCGCCAGGUGGCGAUCUCCUUGAAAAAUGGUCGAGAAAUGGUGUGAGAACACCUCUGUAGCUUCUCCAGAAGAGAAAAUUCAGGUCGAAAGGAGAACGCAG